CUCGAGCAGCUCUAAAAAGACUUUGGAGGCGACCAAGAUGGCGGACUGAGUGGUUUUACAUUUACCUUCUAAAAGCGAAUUUAGUAACAAAUACCUCAAAUAUUUCUCUUUUCCUUGUCCCACGAAACGGAAGUUGAGUUUGGAGCGAUGGAGUGUUUUCUGAAGUGAAGAUUGAAGACGUGAUAGAAGAUGGACGACUACUGCUAUGCUAAGAUGGCGACGUCAUGUAAAAGAGAAAGUGAAAGAAAAUCAGCAACGGAGAAAAAGAUGAAAAUCAAAGACGAAGACGUCCAACAACUGAUUGGUCAUCCAGAAGAACUUCCCCUUCAGCCGCAAUUGGUGAGCUUCAUUUUAAAGGAGGAGGAUCUACAGCCCCCACAUAUUAAAGAGGAAGAAGAUGAUACACAGCCCCCUCACUUUAAAGAGGAAGCGGAGAAACUCUGGAUCACUCGGGAAGGAGAGUGUCUUCUAGGGCCGGAGGAAGCUGAUCCCACCAAGUUGCCACUGACUGUUGUCUCUGUGAAGACUGAAGAUGAUGAAGAGAAACCACUGAUUGGUCAUUUAGAAGAACUUCCAUCUCGGCCACAGGGUGAGUGCUCUGCUUUGAAGCAAGAGCGUCCUUGGCCCCUCCACAUUAAAAAAGAAGAACCGGAGAAACUCCGGAUCACUCAGGAGGGAGAGGGUCUUCUAGGACCACAGGAAGCUGGUCUCACCAAGAUGCCACUAACUGUUGUCUCUGUGAAGAUGGACAAUGCUAAAGAGAAACCACAACCAGGCGACAUAAUAGCGCCACUAUCAGAUAGUGAGACUGAAGACGACGUUGAAGUAACUUUGAGCAGAGAUAAAGACUGUGAAGGUGAUAUGAGGACUCACACUGACAACAAACACUCUAAAUGCUCUAAAAAGAUAAGAGGUGAAAUUAGUUUCAGCUGCUCUGUUUGUGCUAAAAGUUUUUCUAAAAAGAGCAAUUUGUAUGUGCACAUAAGAACGCACACAGGAGAAAAACCAUUUAAUUGUUCAGUUUGUGCCAAAAGCUUUUCUCAAAAGAACCAUUUAUCUGAACACAUGACAACACACACAGGAGAAAAAAUAUUUAUUUGUUCGGCUUGUGGGAAAAGGUUUUCUCGUAAGAAAGUUUUGACCGAACAUAGAAGAACACAUACAGGAGAAAAGCCGUUUAAAUGUUCAGUUUGUGGUAAAGGUUUUUCUCAAAAGAGCAAUUUGACCCACCACAGCAGAACACACACAGGAGAAAAAACCUUUAAUUGUUCAGUUUGUGGUAAAACUUUCUCCCUGAAGAGCAAUUUGACUAAACAUAUGAAAACACACACAGGAGAAAAACCAUUUAAUUGUACAGAUUGCGGUAAAAGCUUCUCGCAAAAGGGAAAUUUGACUGAACACACGAAAAUACACAAAGGAGAAAAACCAUUUAAGUGUUCAGAUUGCGGCAAAGGCUUUUUACAAAAAGCCAAUUUGACUGAACACAUGAAAAUACACACGGGAGAGAAACCGUUUAAUUGUUCAGUCUGUGAUAAAAGCUUUUCCAAAAAAAGCACUUUGACCAAACACACCAGAACACACACAGGAUAAAAAAAUAAACAUGCAAUUGUUUGGGAUGCAGAGGGCAGCGGCAGAGUUGGAACCAGGCCACGUUAUUGGAGGAAGUGUUGGAGUAGUUUAGUUUAUGUUGCAUUCCAGUCUGUAUGCCAUACAACUAAUAAUAAUAAUAAUAACAAUAAUAAUAGAUUUUAUUUGUAAAAGCACUUUACAUUGAACAAACAACCUCAAAAGUGCUACUAUUUUUGUAGAUGCAAAUAGAUGUUUGGCUUAUUCUCAGCCAUCUGGCCUCCUUCCUAUCCAGACAAAUAUACAAUAAAAUAUCUGCCGACACCCUAAACUGAUGCAUCAGCAAUUGGUGAAAAAACAGCCAAUGACAGAGCAGGAAGCUUAUAUACGUCACAUAUUAUUGGAUUGUUUAUACGUCACAUAUUAUUGGUCUGUUUCUGUUGUCGCACACGUUUUUUUUGGCAAUAAAAACGAUUUUCA